GCGUGUGCGGAGCAGCGAACGGUGUCACUGCGAGAGGCGCCGCUGCGGCAACAGCCCGAGAGCGCGGAGCCGUCCGAUGCCUCUGAGCAUGGACAGCAGCCUCGACAGCAGCCUCGACAGCCUGGAUCUGUCAUCUGGGUUAUUAAUUGAAUUUUCUGAAAAUGGCACGGAUGAGAUUGGUUCGGGUGACUAUGGAGACUACAAAGAGCCAUGCUUUCAGCAUGAGAAUGUCGAUUUCAACCGGAUCUUCUUGCCAACAAUCUACUCCAUCAUCUUCCUAACCGGAAUGAUUGGCAAUGGAUUGGUUGUUCUUGUUAUGGGCUACCAGAAGAAGCAAAAAAGCAUGACUGAUAAAUACAGGCUGCACCUCUCUGUGGCUGACCUCCUUUUUGUCUUCACCUUGCCGUUCUGGUCUGUGGAUGCAGCCAUAAGCUGGUACUUUGGGAAUAUUGUGUGCAAGGCAGUUCAUGUCAUUUACACAGUCAACCUCUACAGCAGCGUCUUGAUUUUGGCCUUCAUAAGUUUAGAUCGUUACCUGGCGAUAGUCCACGCUACCAACAGCCAGCGCCCACGAAAGCUGUUGGCUGAGAAGGUGGUGUAUGUAGGUGUGUGGCUGCCAGCUUUCCUCCUGACAGUGCCCGAUAUAAUCUUUGCCAGUACCCGUGAAGUAGAAGGAAAAUAUUUCUGUGAUCGCAUGUACCCUCAUGACAACUGGCUGAUCUCUUUCAGAUUCCAGCACAUCUUGGUAGGACUUGUCUUGCCUGGUCUAAUAAUUCUGACUUGCUACUGCAUUAUCAUAUCCAAGCUGUCACACUCCAAAGGCCACCAGAAGCGCAAAGCCUUGAAGACCACGAUUAUCCUCAUCCUCGCCUUCUUUGCCUGCUGGCUGCCAUAUUAUAUUGGCAUCAGCAUUGACACCUUCAUCUUGCUGGGAGUCAUCAGGCACCGCUGCAGCUUGGAGACCAUAGUGCACAAAUGGAUCUCCAUUACGGAAGCCUUGGCGUUCUUCCACUGCUGCCUGAAUCCAAUUCUGUAUGCCUUCUUGGGUGCCAAGUUCAAAACAUCAGCUCAAAAUGCCUUGACAUCAGUUAGCAGAGGAUCAAGCCUCAAGAUUCUUUCAAAAGGCAAACGUGCAGGACAUUCUUCUGUUUCCACAGAGUCGGAGUCUUCGAGUUUCCAUUCCAGCUAACACUGCUCCUUGCCAUCAUUUUAUAAAGACACUUUAAAGUUGUGCAGGAUUUCAGACCAAUAAGACUGACCAUAAUGUACAGAUUUAUUUACAUUUGGAGUUUUAUAUUGUUUCUUUUAGUCUCUGUGAAGUUUAAUUGACUUAUUUAUAUAAAAAAAACCUUUUGUAUUGAUGACAAACUGUCUAGGCAGGUCCUGUGGACAAGUGGUUGGUUCACAAAAGUUUUAGUGACUGUCUGUAUGUAUAGAUAUGUGAACUAAACACUUUGGAUUGUAGCAAAGUGACUGUUAAAAUUUAGAAAAUAUUUCUCUUGUUUAUAUGUAAAUGUUUUUGGUGUUGCUGUUAUCCUUAAAAGUUUGGCUGGAUAUUUUUACCUUACUACAAGAUGUUUGGUUUACAAUAGCUUAACUCUGCUGUAGAAAUGGCACUUAUAACCAAAGCCUCCUCUGUUACAUGGUAGGGUUUCUCCCUCCAUUCUCAGUAAUUGAUGUUUUGCAAAAUUUUCUGUUCAAGGUAAAAUAAAAGUAUAUG